UGGGAGACACGCCUUCUUCUCACACAAACCUCCCAGAUCCAGGCGGCGGUGCGGACCCAGGGGUGGUGCUCCAGUCCUGCCACUCGCCGUCCAGACGGGCAGGGGCUGGGGACCGAGCCAGAGCCACAGGUUGGAAGAAUAAGGAGCUGUCUUCACGAUGGUCGCCCUGUAGAGCAGGUCCGCGUCACUGCUGGUGUGGAAGCCAGGAGUUCCAGGCUCCGGGAAGGGGAAGGAAGCCUCUGAAACCCGACACCAGCCCUUGCGCACGGGAAACUUCGCAGGCUGGAUUGCAAAGAAGUUGUUGCCAACAGAUCCAUCUCCACGUGUGCAGUAUCUUCGAGUUGGCUGAGGGAACAGCUGGGGGUGAAAGUUGUCAAAGACAAAAUUAUAAAUGUUUUAUAUUGGAAAAUGCCAGGCCCAACAAGACCAUCACUAUGACCGAUGGGGACUAUGAUUAUCUGAUCAAACUCCUGGCCCUUGGAGAUUCAGGGGUGGGGAAGACGACAUUUCUUUACCGAUACACAGACAAUAAAUUCAAUCCCAAGUUCAUCACAACAGUAGGAAUAGACUUUCGGGAAAAACGUGUGGUUUAUAAUACACAAGGGCCAAAUGGAUCAUCAGGGAAAGCGUUUAAGGUGCACCUUCAGCUUUGGGACACUGCAGGACAAGAGCGAUUCCGGAGCCUCACCACUGCAUUUUUCAGAGAUGCCAUGGGUUUCUUAUUAAUGUUUGACCUCACCAGUCAACAGAGCUUCUUAAAUGUCAGAAACUGGAUGAGCCAACUGCAAGCAAAUGCUUAUUGUGAAAAUCCAGAUAUAGUAUUAAUUGGCAACAAGGCAGACUUACCAGACCAAAGGGAAGUCAAUGAGCGGCAAGCCCGGGAACUGGCUGACAAAUACAGCAUACCAUAUUUUGAAACAAGUGCGGCGACUGGCCAAGAUGUGGAGAAAGCUGUGGAAACUCUUCUGGACUUAAUAAUGAAGCGAAUGGAACAGUGUGUAGAGAAGACACAAGUCCCCGACUCUGUCAAUGGUGGAAACUCUGGGAAGCUCGAUGGGGAGAAACCAGCAGAGAAGAAAUGCACCUGCUAGACCUCACACAGGAACUCAUCAUCCAGAUCCCACCCAAAUAUUACUUCCCCAAACAGCGACAGACCACACAACUGUUGGGUAGACCAUGCAUAAUGGCACAUCUUUUUUUUUCUUCCAGAAAAUGUAUUUUAAGAAACCAAAAUAGUCAGCAGUAUUCAAAAGAAUUGACCAGUUGUUUCUGAGGCCCCUUCAAACAAGAUCAAAGAUUUCUAACGUGAUCUCACCAUCAUGGAUGCCCAGUUUUUUUGUUUUUGUUUUUGUUUUUGUUUUUUUAUAAAGAAGACAAGUGUGUAAGGGAGCACACAGAUGAAAUGACAGUGAGUUGUAAAUGAGAACAAAAAUUACCCUGUCAUAGUGGAGAAAGAGAUGGACUACCAAAGGGAGAACAUAGAAAGUUGAUUUUUUAAAAAAGAUUGGGUUUACUUCACAUGUAGAAUCUGAUUAUUACUUUUAGGUUUGCAUUGGGGAAACAUAGUUAAAAAUGGAUACACAAUAAAGAAUUCUAAAUGGAUCAUUAACAAUGACAUUACUCUGUACACCCAAUACGCUGUAUUAGAAUGACUUAAUUAGUGGUGAGGUUAUGAGAGGAUGAAUGUCAGACUUCUGCUAAAAUGUAGGAGUGUGUGUAAUAAUGCCAUUUUUAUAUUAUUAAUAAAUGGCAGAUAGACAAGAACAAGAUUGUGGAUGACAAUGUACAAGAGAAAUGCCCUGGGAUAAAAAUGAAACUAUGGGAACAUGGCAUUAGACAAAUGAAAUUAAAUGUAUCUGUUACAGAUGUCUGGAAGAGUCACUUAGCCAACUUUCACUCAAGCCAAUGAGAAGUUGACAUUAUCAGCUGGGAUUAAGAGAUGAUCCAGAGGUUUCCAUUUCAAACAAAAUUUUAGAAAUAGGUUCAGUGUUUGGCUUCACAUUUCAUUUUUCUUAGCAAAUGGUGAUAAAUAGUCACAAGCACAAAUUAAAGAUUGCUGUUUAUUUAAAAAAAUCUCUCUUUAAAAAUGCAGUCAACAAAAACGAUUUCACCUUAAUUUCUUUUAGAUAAAUAUGCUGGUGAUGUGAAACAGAAAGUGACUAUUUAUUGUGGUUUUCUUUUCAAUUUACAAAAUCCCAGAAACUCUAAAUCGAUUUUUCCCCUCUCUAACCCAUACUCUGGCUUUGAAUCAAUUGUGAAAAUACAGGUGUGUCACUUUGUAGACCAACAAUUUCAGAAUAAUCAUGGAUCCAUUUUAUGGUCACUCUGAAUUUCCAUGUCACUAAUCACAUAAGAAUUGAUGAUAACUCAUGCCAUGUUACAAUGUAUUUAGCACUUGUUUUUAUUUUGCUUAAGGCAAAAUGCCCAUAGUUGACCUAUAUUUGGGGGUUGGGCAGGAAUGGAACUGUAUCAUAUCUCACCAAAAAUUGGUUAAUAACUUUAUUUUUUUUUCACAAGAAGCUGCCUUUUCUUUCUAAAGACGAUCUCAAAAGUAUUUUUCAUUUGCCUAUUCUUAUAAUUAUCACUUCCUAUUAAACCAUUGUUUAAAUAUUUCAGUGAAGGCAUUACUCUUUACGUUUUCUUCUUUUACUAUGAGUAUAUGAUUUUUCUUCAGAAUGGUUCCUCUUACUAUAAAAUCUUGCCAAUUAAACUUCAUUUUUCCAAUUCGGUGCAUACUUACUUUGUUAAGUUUCAGACACUGGAAACCCUAAACCCAGCUCCCCCCACCCCUUAACCUCUGCCUACCAACAACUAUCUGGUAUCAAAUUCGUUUUAGGAACUCAGAUCCGAGGGAAUGUCUACGUAUAGUGUUCUUAGUGUGGACUAGACCCAGAAAUGUGCCCUGAAUCAAAGUGAUCUGGAAACUUUGAUGGGCUAGCGCCUGGUGGAGUUCUGGGUGUCUGCUGCCCAGUUCCUCUAACUUCUGCAGCACAAAGCCAGCUUCUGAGACAGAUCACACUCGGGUAUUCCCGCCAAUGGUAUUUUUCUCCGUGAUGUUCUUCAUGACCUCAGUACCUGUGCCCUGAGGAUAGAAAGCUAUUGGCUAACAUGGAAGAUGCUUCUUUUGGAAGAAAGUGAGCAGAAACAAUGUAGCUAUUGUUUUAGCAGAAUUUGGUGAACUUUUGAGGUCAUUAUGUCAAUGUCUUAUUUGGAUCCAAAUUGUGAUAUCCCCUGCAUUUCCAUAAUAGGGAAUGUUUAGCCUUUAUAAAAAUUCUGAAAGUAUUCUAUUUUGGAUAUGUCUUUUUGUUUCUUUUGAUUUUCCAGUUACAUGAUUGACUUACUUAUGCCAAAUUUCUGUCAUUGUCAGCUAUUUAACAAGCAUUUAUUCAGGGUCUAUUUUAAGAUUGUCAUUUGAUAGUUGCAGCGUGAAGCAGAGGGUGAUGAUGCCCAUAAUUAUAGAACUACGCCUGUAAAAAUAACAAUUAUUGGGUAAUAAUCUCAAGUACGACAAAACUUAAGACAAGAAAAUUACUUUGUAGUGGUAUUCUACUUAUAAAAACUUGAUCUAAGAAAUAUUUUCUGUCAAGUUUGACAUCUGACCCCAAAUUCUAUGUCAACGUUAAUAGAAAUUCCUUCUCUUAUUAUUUCCCAAUUAAUUAGUCUGUAUUAUUUAUUUUACAACCUCAAAUUAAUUUGGGGCCCUGAAGUAGUGUAUAGACCACUUUAAAGGAUUGCAUAGCCCCUUUAACUCACAACAAUAUAUAUGUUUAGCCAAGAUGAGCCCUGUAACUAAUUAUCUCCCAAAUGCUCUAGUAAGCCAAAUUGUAUUUUGGAAAAAUCUUUGAAGUGUACAUGACAUUCCUUUCUGGUAUAGAAACCACUUCUGAAGUGUUCGCUCUGUUUCAAUGUUUACAUCGCUCUAACACAGUGCCUCGGAUACUUCUGUGACCACAUUUGUCUCCAACCUAUAGCUCACUUCCUAUAAUGUCAUUAUAGGAAGGCCUCACAGAGACAUGAACACAGCUUAAGGUCUUUGAUGUCUUUGGCAAAGGGUUCAAGGACGUCAUCGGGAUCGGAGACCAUUACCACCGUCUCCUGGUCUCCUAGCUCACUUCUCAUGGAGUGAGCAUUACUUGAGACUCUUAACUGAAUAGGUACAAGGUUACCUUUCUGUGUAAAAAGAGAAAACUCCUUUUAGAAAUGUACCAAAAAUAGUUGAGAGAACACAAUAUUUGUCUUGGUAUGACGGGGGUGGCAGGUCAGGAAUCGGCGGAGAAAAUAUUAAGUGCUGGGAGUUGAGCUUGCAGGUCUCUACAUAAGAGUUUUAAAAUUCUUUCCAAGUCACACUCUAGCCAGUUUGCCACCAUUUCCAUAGUAUCAGCUAUCACACUGCACACAAUUCAACGCCAGCAUUUUCUAAAGUAAACCUUUUACCUGUUGUUUUUAACCAGAUGAGUCAUUUUUUUGUAUCAGGGGGUGUCUUUCUUAUGCUUCUAGUGUCAGUUACCCUCUGCCAAUCAGGUUGGAUGAACUGGGCAAGAGUUUUAAUCAGCCCUUGUAAGAGACAGAAGCUUGAGCCUAGAGAAGGACAUGACUAUAUUAAAAAGUAAUAAUAGCCAAAUAUUUUUAAACUGUAAAUUGAGUCAACAAAUUUGAUGAAACGUAUAUAUUUUCGCCAAUAGAGUGAGCACAGCAGGUAGAGAACUAUGUAAAUAUGUGUGAUAGAGUGUACAACUAGGUAGAGUGUAUAACCUGGAGACUUGUGUCUAUGAAACAAGAUUGUUUGCUGCCCAUAUCUCUGUUCACCUGAAUAAAAAGGAGGGGGGGGGGGCACAUGCUUUCCUCAUUGUGUAUCACACUCACCCAUUUGAAGGAAAAUCCUCAUCCAUAAAGAAUUUAGGAGUUUAAAACUCAAACUUUAAAGAAAUGAUAUUGAAAUUUCUGUCUCCUAAGAUAGUGAAUAAUUCUUUAAAAGGAUGUUCUGAGAGCUGAUGUUAACCAAAGUGAUUUUAAAAGUUUACUUUCAUCCUCUACUACCUAGCUUUAAGAGAUGUCUAGAAUGUUUAAGUAUUUUAGGGAAAGCUUUAUCAUUUUUUAAGGAUGCUAAGAUGCUGUCUAUAUUUGAAAACAUUGUCUAAAAGUUCACCAAAAGCUAUGGUUUUUUUUUCUUGAUGAUUUUUUGAGCAAUAUGAUAUAAACUUAUUUCUGGGGAGAGUGCUGAGCUCUUACCAGGGACAGUCGAUAUAGAAUAUUAUCUGAGAUGAGUGUUGUCUCAAUGCUUUAUAAAUCCAUGAAACUACUUGUCUCACAAAGUAGGAUUGAUAAAAAUUAUUGCUAGAUAUAUAGGGAAUGUUAUAAACUUAUUUUCUUAGAACGCUUGGGUGAAGACCCACUCAUGAUGACAUUGUUGAGCAAGCACUAUAGAGAGAGAUAAGAAUUAAAAAGUUGUCUACGUAGAGUCCUUAGAUCUGGCAGAACAUGGAGAAGUUCAUACUUAAAAGGUUGAUUUUUAGGUAGGAAAAAAAAGAGUACAGAAAGAGUUUUUGUAAGUAGAUAUGUGGGAAAUAUUUAUUCAUCCUUUUUAUCUAACAAGUAGAGGAGUCUAUCCUUAGAACUAAGCUAAUAAAACUAUUUAAGCUAAAAAAUAUUUCAUUAUUAACAUCAAACUUUUGGAAACUUGGGAACAUUUUAUUUAUCUGAACCUCAUAAACUGGAGUAGCAUCACAUAUAUGAUGAUAGGCAAUCUCCCCCCACCUGUGGUGCGGGGCGUGGGGGCGCGUGCGGAGAGGGGCAGAGGGAGAUUUUCUAUCAUCAUCUAUAGAGAGGAGAGAAAACAGUGACAAACUAGUGGGAUUCUUUUAAAGGGUGUCAUCUUUUAAAGAAAAAAAAUACAAAUGAAUCAUCUUUGGAAUGAGUCAUUUCAAUGUUUUCAGGUUCUUUUCUUUCCCACAAAUUGUGGAAGUCAUGACUAAUAUCCCUCAGCUGACUUAGUCUUUAAGGGUCUUUAGGAAAUUGUGUAGGAGCUGGUAUAUCUGUCCUUAACCUAAUGGGUCCCUUAUUUAACCAGUGGCUGUUGUCUUUAUAUCUGUUGGCCCAUCAAAAUAGUGUCCCUACUGAUAUGUAGUAACAUAUGCUUAUCCUUAAUCUUUUAUUCUCCAGGUUAUUUUUUUCAAAUGCUCAUUGAGAGGAAGACUUGUCCAGAAAGAACAAGUUGGGGACACAUGUCUGUUAUUAAGUAUCUUAGUGGUUUCUCCUCAUGUGGGACUUAUAAACCCUGCAUGUCUCACAGGGUUCAUUUCGGGCUCAAUGGAGAACAUAUAGAAGUUGGCUUGUAAGGUUUAUUCCAUUUCAUAAACAGACACUAUUAUCACAAACUAAGAACUAAUAAAAAUCACAAUCAUAAUUUAAAACCGGAGACACAACUAAUUUUAGUAGAUAUAUUGGAAAUUACCAAUGGGUAGUCAACUUGAGGUCAUUGUAUUUGAUUGAAAAUGUUUAAUAUAUCUCAAGUUACUGGAAAAAAAAAGAGUUCUAUUUCAUUUUGUAUGUUACUUGCAUUUCUUUCACAGAGUCCAAUUCUAUUCCAGAUAGUAUAUUACAACUUAGUCAACAACCUCCUUGUACAAAUAGGGCUUUUAUUUCCAGAGCCUUGUAAAAGAUACUCUCUCUGAAAUUAUUUAAGAAAUUAUUUAAGUUUCCCUGCUUAAUGUGUCAAAAGUAGACAGUGUUCUGACAUAACACUGAUGCGCUUCAUGUAUCCCAAUGGUCUACCGUUAAGUGAUAGUGUCCUCAUUUUUAGGUGAAGCACGUUGGGUUGCUUUUGUAUGUCAUCUACACACAUCUCUGUUUUGACUAGUGCUAUGAAUGUAACUUAAAACUUUUAAGUAUAGUGUGUUUUUUUCUAUAUGCUCCUGAGUAGACUGUGGUGCCUGACAAACCCCGUUAGGUCAUUAUUUUGUUGUACCAAAGUUCUAGUGACUUCAGAAAUCAUUGCAUCCAAUGAUUUUGUGGUGUCUGGGUUUGAAUACUAUGGCUGAGAACUGUAUUCAGUGAUUAUUACCUGCACACUUUCCAAAUAAAUGAAUUUUUAUCAAUUA